UGGUUUGUUUACAAGGGCUAAUUAAGCCUAGCCUUAAUUACCGACAAUGAGUGCGCAUGCGCAAUAAAAGUACCGUCUUUUAGCCACGAGGUCAGGAAGAGAUUGUAAGCUUCGCGACAAGGGUAUAAGUAAUCAUGGGAGCAUACAAGUAUUUAGAAGAGCUGUGGAGAAAGAAGCAGUCUGACCUCCUCCGAUUCUUGCUUCGUGUUCGGUGUUGGCAGUAUCGCCAGUUGAAUGGUGUACACAGAGCACCGUAUCCCACACGUCCCGAUAAGGCCCGUCGCCUCGGUUACAAGGCCAAGCAAGGAUAUGUAAUCUAUCGUGUACGUGUCCGUCGUGGUGGUCGAAAGAGGAAGGUUCACAAAGGUCACCAGCUCGGCAAACCCACCAAUAUUGGUAUCAAUCAACUCAAGUUCCAGAGGAGUCUUCGCUCCGUGGCUGAGGAGAGAGCCGGCAGGUACUGUGGUGGACUGCGUGUGCUCAACUCGUACUGGGUCGCUCAAGACUCUGUCUACAAGUUCUUUGAGGUCAUUCUAGUUGACCCCCAGCACAAGGCCGUCCGUCGUGAUGCCAGGAUCAACUGGAUCUGUAAGGCUGUGCACAAGCAUCGCGAGCUCCGUGGAUUGACUGCUGCUGGCCGGAAGAAUCGUGGUAUGGCAAAGGGUCAUCGUCACAACAAGGUCAUGGGAGGAUCUCAAUGGGCCAAUUGGAGAAAGCACAACACGCUGUCAUUACGUCGUUAUCGAUAGACUGGCUAGCUUUUAUUGUGUAUUUAGUAUCCAAUGUAAGAUUAAAUGUGAUUUUGAGGAAUGAAGUUGAAUGGUUAA